AUGAUGAAGUGGGCGGAGAAGUUUGGUUUUGAGAAGCCACUGAAGUACGACAGGAGGGAUUUCACUAAGAAGAAUGAGGAUACCAGCCAGGGAAACGUAAAUAAAACUAAAGGAAUGUCUAAAACUAAAGGGAUGUCUAAAACUGCAUCCUCAAAGUCUGGAUUACUCUCCAGCGACCAGUCACCGAUGAGUCAGGAAGAAGAAGAGGACACUGAAGACACAGGGUUCUGGACCUGGAUACAGGACACAAUAUUCUACAUCCUCCACGGGAAGGUGUACCGACUUCUACAGCAAGCUCCUUACCACAAGGAGGGUAACAAGGAGUUCUUUGGGGUGGAUGAGUUAGUUGCUAACGGUACUUAUAAAGCAGCUUAUCCUCUACACGAUGGUCCUUAUGAGACAGAAGCACACGACAUACCCUCCAACCACCGGAAACUCCUGAGGUUCUACUGGGCCAGCUUCAGGAGGUGGAACAAACACCAACCUCUCAACUUUCUGUUUCAGUUUCUGUUUCACUUUCUGUUUCACUUUCUGUUUCACUUUACAGAAGCACACGACAUGCCCUCCAACCACCGGCAACUCCUGAGGUUUUACUGGGCCAGCUUCAGGAGGUGGAACAAACACCAACCUCUCAACUUGAUACGGAUGUACUUCGGGGAGAAGGUGGCUAUGUACUUCGCAUGGACGGGGUUUUACACACAGUCUCUGUUUAUCCCUGCUAUCGUUGGAGUCCUUGUAUUCGGAUACAGUCAGAUGGGACUGGGUGACGACUAUGUAAGCAAGCACAUCUGUAACUCUGAGAAGACGUAUAUGAUGUGCCCUGCGUGUGAAGACGAGGGGUGCCCACCUUAUUACAUCUCCGAUAUCUGCAGCAUCGCCCAGGCAGCGAUGGCGAUGAACAACGGAGCUACACUGUUCUUUUGCGUGUUCAUGUCUAUUUGGGUUGCUUACUUUUUAGAGUCAUGGAAGAGAAAGCAGGCUUUGCUGGGCCAUAUCUGGGGUGUCCUGAAGUUUGAUGAAUCCGAUGAGCAAGUGAGGCCAACUUACACUCAGACCUGUGACAGCUGGGAGUACAACCCCCGGACUAGGAGACAUGAACCUUACAUGACCAAGAGGAAGCGAUACCCACGCUUCCUUACUACUUUCAUUCUAAUUCUAUUCAUUUUAGCGUGUGUAUUGAUGUUUGCUGUUGCUGUUAUUGUGUACGAUCUAGCUGUUUACCUGGCUCUCUUCGAUAUUCCAAGUAUGAAGAGAUAUGCACGGUGGUUUUCAUCUGUUAGUGCGGGGAUUAUGAGCCUAACUCUCAUUAUCAUUAUGAGCAAGUACUACGGAAAGUUUGCCGUAACAAUGACGGAGUGGGAGAACUACAAGACUCAGUUAGAAUACGAGAAUACUCUAACAAUAAGAAGAUAUGUGUUCGAAGUGUUCAACUUCUACAGUUCUCUUGUAUACAUUGGUUUCUUUAAAGGAAAGUUUAACGGUUACCCCGGCAACCACCCUCUAGUGUUCGGGGUUAAGAUGGAGGACUGUCCACCAGGAGGGUGUAUCUCCGAGCUGGCUACCCAGAUGGCGAUCAUACUGACUGGAAAACAGUUCCUCUUCACCUUCUCUCAGUUUAUUAUUCCUAUCAUGUCAUCUAAUAAAGGGAGCUGCUGGGACAGGUGUAAAAAGAAAGUAGAAGAAGUAGAAGGACAAAAGAAGGCGACCAAGUCCCCCUGGGAGAGAGACUACGAACUAGCUGAGACCAGAGACGUGUUUGCGGAGUAUUUGGAGAUGAUUAUACAGUAUGGAUUUGUGACGAUAUUUGUAGCAGCGUGGCCUCUUGCUCCCCUUCUAGCUCUUGUCAACAACCUUCUGGAGAUACGAUUGGACGCGUUCAAGUUCGUGGCCCAAUUAAGACGCCCUACUGGCCUCAAGUGCAGGGAUAUAGGUAUUUGGUACGAUAUCCUGUCCGUUGUAGGGAAGAUAGCUAUAGUCUGUAACGCUGGUAUCAUUGCUUUUUCCUCUGAUUUCCUUCCUAUGAUGCUCUACGCUUACGAUAAUGCAGACGAAUUUCAAGCCCAAGGUCUACAGGACCGGCUCAGUGGAUAUGUUAACUUCAGUUUAGCCUACGCUUCUCCGGAGAUGACCGGACUCAAUAUAACCUGCAGGUAUUGGUCGUAUAGGGACCGAGACGGGAAACACAACUUCUUCUUCUGGAAACUAUUCGCCGUUCAGCUUCUAUUCGUCAUAUUCUUUGAGCACAUAGUGUUCGGGAUAGUGAAGCUGAUAGACGUUCUUAUUCCUGACAUGUCCGCAUCAGUUCAACUGAAGAUUGAUAUAGACGCUACAAUUGCUAAACUAGUGCUAGAAGACGACAGCACAGCCAUGGUUGACAACUCUACCAUGACAGAAGAUGAUAGAGAUCAAUGCUGA